AUGAAGAUUUCUCGAAAUAUUGUUGACACUGCUGGGAACAUCACCCCAGUGGAGGAAAUACUGACUAUCAACGUGAAACCAGGAUGGAAAAAGGGGACCAGGAUUACAUUCUCUGAGAAAGGCAACGAGCAGCCAGGCCUCGUUCCUGCGGACCUGGUUUUUGUCAUAGAGGAGAAGCAGCAUGAGUUCUUCAAGCGGGAGGGCAUUGAUCUUGUGUGCACCCAAAAAAUCAGCAUUGCGGACGCCUUGCUUGAUUACACGUUGAACUUGACAACUCUUGAUGGGAGACAGCUUUCAAUUGCCCUCAAUGAGGUGAUUUUUCCCGGCUAUGAGAAGGUGAUUUCUAGGGAGGGGAUGCCAGGGAAGGAGCUGGGCAAGCGUGGCAACCUUAGAAUAAGGUUUGAUGUUAGAUUCCCUUCUAAGCUCUCUGCAGAGCAGAAGAUGCUGUUGGCCCAAGUUUUUCCUAGGGAAUAG